UCAGUUCAUUUUUUUAUCCCUAGUCUCUUGUAUGUUAUCAAAGAUUUCAGUAGUUUUUAUUAUUCCAAAGGAAACGGUUCGUGUUUGAUGAGCAGUAAAGGCCCCACAACCAGGAGUUUUACAAAUAGUUUAGCCUGCGAUGGAUAUCACGGCAGCCAGCGUGGUGUACGCCAAUCCCUUUUACGUUCCAAGUUACUCCGGCACCCAGCCGCCACAGCCGCAGCAGACGCAGCAUCUGCACCAAGUCUUCCACGCCAGCUAUGUGGUCAGUACGACAACCGGUUCUGGACUCGGACUCGGUCUUGGACCAUCCGGACUCAACCCGCAGCCGAGUGUGGGUUCCGGGCUCAGUCCCCGUUCCGCAUACAGUGAUCUCUAUCGCUUCGAGGACGGCGGCGGCGACGCCAGUGGAUCCCUGCUGCUGGGCCAGGAUGACGACGACCUCUGCGCCGGCGAGGAGGCUUCUUCGGUGGGGGCCAGCACCUCAUCCUCGUGCCGGGCGACGGCUGGUGACUCACCAUUGGACCGAAGCGGAGAGGAUCUACAGCUGAACCUGGGCGAGAUGGCCGAGCGGGGUGACAUGCCCGAAAACAGGGAGCUGGGAGUUCUGGGCGAGAAGGAGGAGGAACCGGAGGAGGGGGCCUACAUAUCCGGCAUGGGCGGUGGGAGCACAUCCUACAUGGUGUUCCCGCGCACACCCGCCGACUUCAUGCCGCGCCUGCCGUUGCCCCGGCAUUGUCCGUAUUUGACCGUUGGCCAGGAGCAGUUCGUCAUCCAGCCGGACACCAUAUUCGUGCUGGGAAUGCGCCUGAAUGUCACCAAGAACGACAUCAUCAUGUUCUUUGGCAAACUGGGCCUCAUCAAGAUGGACGAGGCCUCCAACAGGCCGAAGAUCUUUGUCUACAAGAACAAGCUGACGGGUCGCUCCAAGGGCGAGGCCACUAUAACCUACGUGAGUCCCUUCUCGGCACAGGCGGCCAUCAGUUGUCUGAGCGGGGCGAAGUUCAUGAACCAGACGCUCACCGUCCUGCCGGCCUAUCUGUCCACCCGCAAGGGCAGCGUCCGCUUCAGCUAUCCGCGGGAGCUCAACUGCCCGGAGCGACAGCGCCGCCAGCGGGCACAGAAAUGGAAGCCGGCCAGCGACAAUUGGGUGUGCAUGCUCUGCCGCAACAGCAACUUCGUUUGGCGUUCCAGCUGCAAUCGGUGUCAGGCCACCAAGAUUUCCGCCGCCGAACCAUUUCCGGCGGCGGGGACAUCGUCGGGAUCUGGAGGAGCAAGUAACGCCCAUCGCUGGCGGCCUCACAAGGACGAUUGGCCCUGCGGCUUCUGCUUCAAUCUGAACUUUUGGUAUCGGGAGAAGUGCAACCGGUGCCACGCCCCGCGUUCCGAUGAGCAGCCCGCCUCCGAGUCGGACAAGGAACCGUGGGAACUGGUCCUCAGCCCGCCUCCCGCCGAGUAGGAUCAUCCCAUUCCAUUCCAUCCCGUUUGUGUCUGUAUCCGUACCUGUUUCGUGUUUGUACGUGUCUGUUUGCAAACGACAGUUCUUCUAUCCUAUUCCUUUCCUGCUUCUCCUGGUCCCGUACAAAUUUCAAGUGAUUGGAACUCGCCCGUCGUCGUGGCUUCGAGCCCCAUCCAUGCAGAGCAGAAACCAGCUUAAAGAACCUCGCCCACCCCACCCAAAAUUUCUGUUAAUGUCCGUCUUAGAAUAGAGUUUUAAAGCAAGACUACUCUAUGUAUCCCGAUAGCCCGAGAGCCCCUGAGAUUGUGGGACAAUGCAACUCGCUGAAUGGUAAUCCACUUAAUCCGGGUAACUGAAUAUUUUACCCGGCACAAAAGGCAACCGGACCCACCUGGCGAGCUCUAAACGUUUAAUGAAUUUAUUUACUUGCUCGACGCCCGCAGCCAGUGGCUCAUUGGCUCUGUGGAACUGCACUGAAAAUCAAAAUAAGUUUAUAUAUACGCUAAAUUGUUUAAUAAAAUUUGUCUUCUUUUCAAA